GACCGCGAAGGCUCCGUGACCGUCACGUGCCGGGGGCCGCGGCUGCUAGCGGCCAGACCUUCGCAUCGAGGGACAUGAGGAACAUUGAGGAAGCAAAUAUUUUUAGAAGAAUACAGAUUUCCAUAUGAAGAUUUCACAGUAUUCCGGCCUCUGGAAAGGAAUGCGCUCCUUCCAAUUCCCGCCCUUUCUGCGGCACCAUCAAGUCCUCUCCGCGCCCCUUAGGCAGUUCCGGAGUUGCAGGGGCCGAGGGAGAAUACAUCAAAGUGAUGUCAUUCAUGACUCCGAGAUGGUUACCAUGGCAACUGUCAGACCUAUUACUCUGUCAGUAGGGUAAGAGCCUGUUUAGUCUUCAAUCAAGGGUUUCCUCGGGCGUUAACCACUGCCUGCAGAGUGUGGACUGGCAGAAAAACGUUACCCUAGGGCCCCCCAGCACCAACGCUCCUUAAACCAAGCCCCACAAAGAAGUCACUUCGGCAAUGGGAACGCGGCUUUGCGGCUUCCUGGGCUGCUAAGGUGAAGGACUCCCACCCUCCCCAGAACUUGAGAGCUUAUUGGUUGGUGAUGUCGUCACUCAGAGUGACAUCAGGGGCAAGGAAAGAGGCGGAGCCGUAGAGACUUGGCUUCUGGCCCUUCUAGCUUGGGGGUCCGGGGAAAGAACUGGGAGGACCUAGGCUGCCGUUCCGCGGAGCCCGGCCGAGGAGGUAGGGGUGGGCAGGCCCAGCCCUCAAGCCGCGACCUGGUCCCUAUGUUAACUACUUGAGACAAAAAUAAAUAUGGCCUUCUACAGUUAUAAUUCAGUCUUAGCUAUUGUUCGAACAAGAUUCCCUAGCCAUUUUGUCCAUCCUACCUGCUCUUCUUAUUCCCCAUCAUGUGCAUUUCUUCACUUGCCAGAUUCCCAUUUAAAUAAGACAUGUAUGAAGAACUAUGAGAGCAAGAAGUACUCGGAUCCUAGUCAGCCAGGCAAUACAGUACUUCACCCAGGAACUAGACUAAUACAAAAGCUACACACAUCCACUUGCUGGCUGCGAGAGGUUCCUGGCAAACCUCAGCUGGAGCAAGCCCCAAAACAUCCACAGGUGACGAGCCCUCAGGCCACAAAAGAAACUGGCACGAAGAUUAAAGAAGGCGAACAAUCUUAUAGACAAAAAAUCAUGGAUGAACUUAAAUAUUUUUACAAUGGAUUCUACUUACUUUGGAUUGAUGCCAAAGUUGCUGCCAGAAUGGUUUGGAGGCUGUUGCAUGGACAGGUCCUGACCAGACGAGAGAGACGAAGGCUGUUGAGAACUUGUGUUGAUUUCUUCCGCCUCGUUCCAUUUAUGGUGUUCAUAAUUGUACCCUUCAUGGAAUUCUUAUUACCAGUGUUUCUGAAACUCUUCCCAGAGAUGUUGCCAUCAACUUUUGAAAGUGAAUCCAAAAAGGAAGAAAAACAGAAAAAGAAAAUGGCUGUAAAGUUGGAACUAGCAAAAUUUCUUCAAGAAACCAUGACAGAAAUGGCAAGGAGGAACAGAGCCAAGAUGGGCGAUGCCUCUACACAGCUGUCAUCCUACGUGAAGCAGGUCCAGACAGGCCACAAGCCCAGCACAAAGGAGAUAGUUCGCUUCUCCAAACUAUUUGAGGACCAGCUGGCCCUGGAACACUUAGAUCGCCCUCAGCUGGUUGCCCUUUGCAAACUGCUAGAAAUGCAGACUUUUGGAACCAACAACCUGCUCCGCUUUCAGCUCCUGAUGAAACUGAAGUCUAUAAAAGCAGAUGAUGAAAUAAUUGCCAAAGAAGGGGUGAGGGCAUUGAGUGUAUCAGAACUACAGUCUGCCUGUAGGGCCCGAGGGAUGAGAUCAUUGGGUCUCACGGAGGAACAACUGCGACAACAGCUCACGGAGUGGCAGGACCUCCAUCUGAAGGAGAACGUCCCUCCUUCCCUUUUGCUCCUGUCCCGCACCUUCUACCUGAUAGAUGUGAAGCCCAAGCCUAUUGAGAUACCACUCAGCGGGGAGGCUCCAAAGACUGAUAUUCUUAUGGAAUUACCUACUUUCACCGAAUCUAAAGAGAACAUGGUGGAUCUUGCACCUCAACCGAAGGGAACUAAGGAUGAAGACUUUAUACAGCCGCCACCAGUUACAUCAUCACCCAUAACACCAUCAACACCUAUUUCAUUACCUAAAGGAUCCAUCACUCCUAAAGAAGCUACACUCCAGGCCAAAUCACAAAUGACGGCCCAGAACAGCAAGGCUAGUUCAAAAGGAGCAUAAGGACUACUUGAGGAUGGAGCUCACUCUCUCCAGCUUCCGGCCCUCAACAGUGGCAUCUGUAAAGGAUCUCCCAGCUAAGACUCUCUGUCUGGCUUCAGAGAGUGGAUCAGUCAUUUAGCCCAUGGGGCAGUCCUUUGAGGCCUGGUAACCAUUCCAGGUGAUGUGAGUAGUGAGACCAAGUUCAGACCCCUUAUAAAAAUAUAAUUGCGAAGUCCCAUUUCCUCUGUGCCAUUGUCACCCCACUCAACUUUGUAUAAAGCCCACCCCCCACCAUGUUGUUUUUUUAGUUUCAUGUGUACGUCCCUUAAGAGGGGAAAUUUUUUGCACAAUGGAAUCAGCUUGGCACCUUAGAUACCUCUGUCUCCUAUGGCUUGGAAUUCUGAGUAAGAACUUGGAAGUUCCAAAAACCAUUUUAGGAGCACCUGAUUAACUUUCUGAAUGAUCCACCAGUAGAAUCAGCACCCUGGAAACAAAGUACCUUAUGAGACGGGAUGGAUAUACUCCCCAAAAGAUCUUUCUGGAUAUAAUGAAGCUUCUUGGAGAAAAUGGGGAGUUAAACAGACUGGCAAUCAGAAAGAUUUGGCUGCUUCUGACAUCCCCCUCUUGGGCCUGCAGAGGCUGCAGCAAUCUGCUAGGCAGCCACUCUUCUAGCGCAUAUGGCUUUCAUUAGCCACCCUUUUGCUAGGAAGCAUAAUUAAGGGUUUAAGCCUUAAUCAUUUGUUUGUGUUGGGUGUGUGUGUUUCUGGCCAGUUUGUCUUUCACAAGACUAUUUAUUAGUCAUAGGGGUUGUGAAGGUCUGAUAUAAUCCCUGUGCUACCCAGCAACAAGUAUCACAUUAGGAUAUUUAUGUUUGGUGUUUUCAGUAUUAAUAAUACUGAAAUAAUAGACUGCCAUGCAGCUGACCAAGGGCUUUCUUCCCUUGGGGAGUGGUUAGAAGGCCAAAGGUAUUUCGGCCUGUAGGUGAUAAAAUUAGAUUUACUUGCUGUGGUUAGACAGCAGUCAGUUAAAAUAAGUAAAACUCAACUGUCCUGUCUGGGAUCACCUAAAUGAGGAAUGUCACCAGCACUUCACAACAAGAAUAUGUAUUCUACAGUGCUUUCUAAACUUCUGCUCCAUCAGAGAAGCCCCACCAUGUCCCACUAAUGAAGCCCAGUUCUUUGGGAAUGAUGAAUCCCUACUGUGCAAAUACAGCAGUCAUGGAUCCUGCCUAGCGAGGUGAUUCACAAUAUAUUUUCCCGUUUCAAAAA